CAUCGACGGCGCCGACGAGGACUGGCCCUCUCCAAGUCCGAGUUCCUCAGCCGAAAAGAGGUUCUUCGCCGGCGGUUGCGGCUGAUCAAGCAGAUAGCGAGGCUCUACAAAGCUCACUACUGGAGUCUAAUGGAGAGGAUCAAGAGAGACUUAAAGGAAUGCUAUUGUUGCCCUGUCCAUGCUCAAGCAGCUGAAAAAUAUCUUCAACGGGCAUUGAAAAGGGCAGGCCUUAAUGUCCCGUCUCCAAUUAAGCUUGCACCCAAGUUACAUGUUGUUGUUGUCGAGUAUGUUCGCCAGAUUCAAACUAGAAGAAGAGAAGCGCAACGAAGAUCCGUAUCUAAAAUCAAGAUUGAAGAGAAAACUAAUGAAAGUUGAAUACAUUCAGCAAACAUAUUUGUCAGACGCUGGAAUUGUGCAUCGGAGAUCAUCAUUUCUGCAUAUUAUGUGUAGGCAGCUUUUUAUUGCUGCAAAUUGUUUUUCCCAUUUGUUAUAGUUUGGUUUUGACGAUAUGCUCAUUCAUGUGCUGUAGUCACGAAAUAAAAUCCCUUAUUCCCUUUA